CAGGACUCGAGUCACAUAAGGCACUUGUUCUGUCAGGCUCAUGAAAUGGAUUUGAUCUAUGAAAAUUCUAGUUUCAUACUUUCAACAGUUGCUUCUGCUGACAAAUCCUCUCAAUGCAAAGAUAAUUCCACUGAAAAAGAACAAGAGCGAGAAGUCACUUCCCCAAAGUGGACUAAAGUUCUUCUGAUUGUUCUGGGCUUCUCUCUUAUUUUGGCUCUCGGAGGUCUCUGCGCUCUAGGGAUGUUUUAUAAUAAGAAGCUCACUGAUUUUAAAUCACUGAAUAAUCAGCACAUCAUGAUUUCAACGAAACUGUCAGCUCAAGAGAUCAACAGCACAAUCAUGAAGAAAGAGUUUAAUGAUCUUACAACCAGAUACAACACACUUAGAAAAUGGCUGUCUUUUUAUGAUGCUCAGUCUUGUAAUCUCUCUGUGGAUGGCUGGAUAGCUUGUCGUGGAAAGCUGUAUUUGUUCAACUCUGAUAAACUUAACUGGUCAAACAGUCGAGAUGUCUGUGUUUUAAAAGGAGCUGAUCUGGUCACCAUAACCAACCAAACAGAACAGAAUUUUCUGGUCUCUAAAAUUAAAGAGACACACUGGAUUGGUCUGAAUGAUCUGGAAACUGAGGGACACUGGGUUUGGGUGAAUAACCAAACUCUUAAUGAAACUGGAGCACAGUUCUGGUUCAGUGUGGGGCAAAGAGAACCUGAUAACUGGAGAAACCAGGAUCCAUCUGGAGAGAACUGUGCUAGUCUGGGAGAUGAAAGUGGCAACUUUCAAUCUUGGUUUGAUGCUUCUUGCAAAAAACAGAAAAUGUUUAUCUGUGAAAAGAAAUAUUAAUUUACCUAUAUCAGUGAUACAUAAUAAAAUGUCAAUGAUACAUCAUGUACCCUACCUGUGCAUAACAAAACUGGAUUUGAAUUUGCUUACUUGUACCCAAUUAAAACUGCUGCAUUUCUCUUGUUCUGACUGUCAAUGAAGAUCUGAAGCAGAUUUGCCUAAUAAAACUAAAGCUUCCUGUUGCGAUAGCUCACACAUCACUCACCAUGCAGUCAGUAUUAACAUCAAAAGACAUGAAAUGUUAUAAUUAAAUGCUUUAGUAUCAUCUGUGAAACCACUGUAAUGACCAAAUGGCAGCCCUGCAUAGCUAUAAGAAGCCAAAAACUAAAAUAAUUAUAUAGUCAAGAUCUGUUUUGUGCAUGCAUCAUUUUUUUUUUUUGUUACAGCUAAAUGAACAAUGCAAAUGUAAUGUGUGCUACAGUUAUUGCAAGUCUUGUAAAGCAGUAUAGUAGGUUCCUGUGAGAAACAAAAUUUAAUCACUGCUUAUAUAAUUUUGUAUGUUUACAACAUGCAAUUUUUGUCUGUUCUGCCA